AUGAACCAAGAGGACCUGUACUGGUUCACAUUCAUUCUCGUGACGUUGCUGGGGUUCUUCACCUACAAGCUGCUCACUCGCCACCGUGCUUACUUCCGGUUGCUGCGUGUGCCACACGAAAAGCCCCACUUCCUGUACGGCAAUCUAGACGACGUGCUCAGCGGUAAACUUACGACCGCGGAGAAACUCGAACAGUACUAUCGGAAGUUUUCCGACCAUGGAUUGUUCGGCUUCUUCAACUACAUGACACCGACACUAUAUGUGCGGGAUCCGGCACUCGUACGGGAGCUGCUGCGACCGCAGAUGGACCAUUUUGAAAGUUACGGUUAUUUCCUAGACGCCGAGAAGGAUCGCUUUCUCGGAAGCCAACUACAUUUGCUGAAGGGAGCCGACAAGGCACCCAAAUUGGCCGCCUUCAUCUCCCCCAUCUUCCAGAGAGCGAACACACUCGAAGGGUUGGAUGGUGCAACGCGACAAAGCUGCAAGGCAUUGGUGCAGUUUAUUGCGUCCCGCGUCGACCUGGAGUUGGAGCUGAAAGCCAUCUUUCUCAAGCAUACGCUCAACGUUUUCGCCGGUAUGGCCUUCGGCAAGGAGCUGAAUACGUUCCAGGAUGAAUCGGACCGGUUUUGUCCCGUUGCCAGUGGUAUGGCGUACGGUGCGAAUCCAGUGCAGGUGAUCAAAACGAUGGCGUUCUAUCUGGCACCGGGCCUGAUGCGAAGUAUUGGCGUACAGUUCACGGACCGGCAGGAACUUGAUUACCUCGUUCAGCAGUACCAGCAGGCAGCAUCAAAGGCUGGGACACGAUCCAUGGCACGGCUGCUCAGUGAGGCGAACGAGCGAUUACAGCAGUCUCGGAAGCUGUCCGACGAACAGUUGACCGCCCAGUGUGCCACGUUCUUCACGAAAGGUUUCGAGCCAACGCUGAAUUUGCUGUCUUUUGCCGCGUACGAGCUCGCCCAGAACCAAGAGGUGCAAGCGAAACUGUAUGACGAGCUGCGCCGUACUGGCAACGCCUCAGAUAGCUCCACUGGUGUACCACCGUUCGAGAAAAUCCGCUCACUUCCGUACCUAGAAGCCGUUGUACUCGAAACACUUCGUAAGUGGCCCCCACAUCCGCUGCUGGUUCGAGAGUGCACCAAAGCGUUCACCAUUCCAGCGGCCACGAACGGAGACCGAACAGCAAUCCCACUGGCGGUGGGAGAUAAGCUUUACCUAUCGGUUUGGGCUUUGCACCGAAACCCGGACUACUAUCCGGAACCUGAGCGAUUCGAUCCGGAACGUUUCGUCAAUGGCGGUGACGCAAGUGCCACCCGUUCAGAUACAUUCCUUCCGUUUGGUAUUGGUCGUGGAUGCGCGGGUCAAGCGAUCGUCAAGCUAGUAGUGAAGGCUACGCUAGUGGCAUUGUUGCAAUGUUUCACGCUUAAACCCGGGGAACGCACGGCGGAACCGCUGAAGCUUAUUGAAUCGGCUUCCUCGAUGGAGGCGCGAGAUGGUUUCUGGAUACGACUGCAACCGCGAUCGUAAAACGACGAAAAGAAACGCACUUCCUGCACGCACAGUAUUUUGAAACUAUUUUUUUGCUCCUUAGAGCUCUUAGUAAAAUGUACCGUAAGAAAAACAAUAAAAUAUUGUUUAUGUAAACUUUUGUUUACAACC